CCCGGAUUGAUUUUGGGAGGGAAAAGAAACCGGUUUGUCUUAACCGAUUUAGUCCUUUUUUGGCUUUUUGCUAUAAAAUCCCAAAUGUUACGAUGAUCAUCGGACUUACAAAUCCAGCUGCUCGAUAUCUGACGGCAUCAUCGUACGCCGCCAUGAGAGGCCCUAGACCCGAUGAUUUCGAUACGAAUCCAGCGACGCCAAACGCUGGGCAGCCGACACCGACUUAUCCCGCCGGUGGCCGGAAGAAAGCCGUCGGCGUGAGGCCGUGGUUGGAGCUUUGCUCGUCGGGGCAGACGAAGAUGAUGGAAGCUGGAAAGCACAGCAUCAUGCGGCAAACGGGAUUACCGGCACGGGAUCUUCGGAUUCUCGAUCCACUGUUGUCGUAUCCAUCUACUGUUCUGGGUCGAGAGAGAGCGAUUGUCAUCAAUCUGGAGCAUAUUAAGGCGAUCAUCACCGCGCAAGAGGUUCUGCUGCUUAAUUCCAAGGAUCCUUCGGUGUCACCUUUCAUCGACGAGUUGCAAAGGCGGAUUCUGUGCCACCAUCACGCCACUAAACCUCAGGAGGAAGAGAACUAUGAGGGAGAGGCUCAUACGAGGAUGGAUCCCCGCCAAGGAGAAUCUGGAACGCCACAAUUUUUUGGGGAUCAAGGGAGUGAAGGCAAGAAGGAUGCGAAGCAAAGCUUUGAGAAUCAAGAUGGAUCUAAGGUUCUUCCGUUCGAGUUUGUUGCUCUCGAAGCAUGCCUUGAAGCUGCAUCCAGCAGUUUGGAAAGCGAGGCCGUGAGAUUGGAGUUGGAGGCUCAUCCAGCCUUGGACAAGCUUACGUCCAAGAUCAGUACCCUCAACUUGGAGCGGGUUCGACAGAUUAAAAGCAGGCUGGUUGCAAUAACUGGACGUGUUCAGAAGGUUAGGGACGAACUAGAACAUCUGCUGGACGAUGAUGAAGAUAUGGCUGAGAUGUAUCUUACAGAUAAAUUAGCUCAGAAACUUGAGAAUUCGCUUCCUCCCGAAUUUGCAUUGGAUGCUAACAGAGAUGAAAGCUAUCUUCGAACCAAUGAUCUUCUUAUGAGUGCUCAUAGUGCGCUUAGUAGAAAUAGCCGUGGGACUCAUACAAGCUCAACCCGGAGUGCCAUGACCCAUAAAUUCGACGUGGAAGAGCUCGAAAUGCUUUUGGAAGCAUAUUUCGUGCAGAUCGAUGGUACACUGAACAAACUAUCAACACUAAGGGAAUAUGUGGAUGACACAGAGGACUACAUCAACAUAAUGCUAGAUGACAAACAGAAUCAUCUUCUGCAAAUGGGUGUGAUGCUAACAACGGCGACUCUCGUGAUGAGCGCCUUUAUCGCUGUUGCUGGAGUAUUCGGUAUGAACAUCAACAUAGAGCUGUUCAAGGAUGACGUAGCUGGUCCAGCAAAAUUCAAAUGGACUGUGAUUGGAGGUAUUGCCGGAAGUGUGUUCCUCUAUGUUGGUGCCAUCGGGUGGUGCAAGCACAAGCGCUUGCUUGAAUGA